AUGCGAAAAAUCAAUAAAAGUGUCACAAUAGAGCUUUAUCUACAUUGCAAUGUUUUUCAAAGUUUAGAGUUUUUAAAUGGCAACCCUUUUAAUUUUCAGCACGAUCGUGGCCGUAAAUACGAGAUUGACGUAAAGACGCGUGAGGAGAUCACUUCACUAAUCGCACAUCAUGUAACUGCCGUAAAUUACAUUUAUCGCAAUACUAAAUUCGAUGGACGAAGCGAGCACCGCAAUAUACGUUUUGAGGUGCAACGCAUCAAAAUCGAUGACGACUCCGCCUGUCGCAAUUCAUACAAUGGUCCACACAAUGCCUUCUGCAAUGAGCAUAUGGACGUGUCGAACUUUUUGAAUUUACACUCGCUGGAGGAUCAUUCGGACUUUUGUUUAGCCUAUGUGUUCACUUAUAGAGACUUCACCGGCGGUACGCUCGGCUUAGCUUGGGUGGCCAGCGCCUCUGGUGCUUCUGGUGGCAUUUGUGAGAAAUUUAAGACUUACACCGAAACAGUCGGUGGACAAUAUCAAAGCACAAAACGCUCGCUAAAUACGGGCAUCAUUACAUUCGUUAACUAUAACAGUCGUGUGCCGCCAAAAGUGUCGCAGUUGACGCUGGCGCACGAGAUUGGGCAUAAUUUUGGUUCGCCCCACGAUUAUCCAUUGGAGUGUCGGCCAGGCGGCCUAAAUGGAAACUUCAUUAUGUUCGCCAGCGCCACCUCAGGCGAUCGGCCGAAUAAUUCUAAAUUCUCGCCCUGCUCCAUACGCAACAUAUCCAACGUUCUGGAUGUGUUGGUCGGAAACUCGAAACGGGAUUGCUUCAAGGUAUCGGAAGGUGCCUUCUGCGGCAACAAAAUCGUCGAAUCGGGCGAGGAAUGUGACUGCGGUUUCAACGAAGACGAGUGCAAGGACAUUUGUUGUUAUCCGCGCAUCAUCAGCGAAUACGACCUCUCGAUGAAUAGCUCGGCGAAAGGUUGUACGCGGCGGGCCAAGACGGAGUGUUCACCUUCGCAAGGUCCUUGUUGCCUCUCGAACUCAUGUCAGUUCGUGCCAACCAACUACCAUCAGAAGUGCAAAGAAGAAACGGAAUGUUCCUGGUCGAGCACAUGCAACGGCACCACUGCCGAAUGCCCGGAGCCAAAGCCGCGCGACGACAAAACGAAGUGCAACAAUGGCACUGCGCUCUGCAUACGCGGCGAGUGCUCGGGCAGCAUUUGUCUGCUGUGGAAUAUGACUGAGUGUUUCCUCACCUCACAAGCGGUGCCGCAAGUCGACAAGCGUCGACUGUGCGAGCUUGCUUGUCAGAAUGGUAACGAUAGUGGUACUUGUCGCAGCACUAGUGAAUUUGCUCAUCGGGUUGGUCUGCCGGAAGGCGGCAUUAACUUAAGGCCCGGUUCGCCAUGUGAUAACUUCCAGGGCUACUGUGAUGUGUUUCUUAAAUGCCGCGCUGUUGACGCAGAUGGACCGCUGGUCCGACUGAAGAACCUGCUGCUUAAUCGCGAGACCCUACUCACCGUAGCGCAAUGGGUCACCGAAUACUGGUACUAUGUAGUUAUAAUAGGCGUGUGCUUUAUCAUUGUGAUGGGCAUAUUCAUUAAGUGUUGCGCUGUGCACACGCCCAGCUCAAAUCCGAAGAAGCGUCGAGCGCGUCGUAUUAGCGAAACGCUGCGCGCACCGAUGAAUACAUUGAGACGGAUGCAACGUCAUCAUCAAGGCCGCGGCGCCGGUCCACGCAGCAUACCACCGCCAGCGCACGAACAACGUGGCGCUGCCACCAGCGCCCAUCAUCGUAGUACGCAUCCCCAUAAUUGGGAUCGUCAUCAGGGUGGACAUUCCAUAGUGCCGCUACCCACGGGUGGUCCACAUCAUAACCAUCAUGCAAGCGGACGCGCGCCAGCAAUUGCAGCCAAUGCUGCUGCAGCAAGCGGGCGGACGCCGGCCAACGGACGCAGCUCGCGGCCAUCAACGCGACCUUCGAGCGGUACACGCAGCACAACGCAUGGCGGGUAUGCAGACGCGCCACCACCUGGCCUUGUGGUUGGUGGUGUGCCAACUGGUGUUGGUGUUGGUAGUGGUGGUGGUAAUGGCGUGCCAAAUGGCGCGCUAGUAGUGGGAGGCGCCGGCAGUAGUGGUGGGCCCAGCGGCGGUGUAAUUGCGCGCCAGCAAAUACCGCUGCCACUGCCGCACACCGGCGCGGUACAAGCGCAACAUUUACAACAACAGCAGCAACAACAACAAGUGCAGGCAACACUCUCGCAGGCAUUUUAUGCGCCACCGAAAGCCGUCGCUCCGCAACCAGCAAAUUAUAAUCGACCGCCAUCGCUGCAAAAUCCAGAGUUAUAUGCAGACGCUUAUGCCGCGCUGGGACGGGGGGCAUAUGAGGCGACUACGCGCCCACCCAACAGCAAAGUUUGACAGCAGCAACAGCAAUCUCAGCGUCAAAAGUUGGCUCCGCAAACGCUCAAGAAGCAGCUAAAAUCAACAGCAACAAAAACCACAGAAGCAACAACAACACAAAAAUCAAAUGAACUCAAAUUAAAUGUAAAUGUCCUUUUUACGCUAAUUAUUAUUGUUUAAAACUAAAAAAAUAAGCAAAACUAACAAAUGUUAAACGAAACAAACAAAAUAAGCAAACAAAGAAAAACCAUACAAAAAUAAAUAAAUAAAUAUAUUUUUUAAAUUAAAUUGAUAUACAAAAUACACACAAAAAUAAGCAUAACAGUAAUCAAAGUGAACAUAACCUAAAUUAAAUAGUGAAAAAGGUUAGAAGCGUAGGUAAAAAAUGUGAAUUUGGUUCGGGUAAAUUGCGGCGAAUACAAAACAGACGUAAUAAAUACUGAAAUAUGUAUUUAGUUAAUAGAAUUGAAAGUGAAGACAAAAAUUUAAAAUAUGUAUAAUCAUCCGAAUAUUUUGUGCAGAGAACUAAAAAAGGAAAUGUUAAAAAUAAUACAUAGAAAGCGAAAGUAAGCAAUGUAAGUGUUAAACUAAAACAAAAUAUAACGCAAACACGUCAAAACGACUAUAAAUAAAAAUAUGGAUAUAAAUUGUAGAAAAUAAAUUACAUAAUUACACCUAAAUUCAUAAUUCAUAAGUUAGUUAUGCAUACAGAGAAAGCGUUAGUACUAAAUGGGCGUAAACUAACAGAAUAUACAGUGAAAUGAAAAACAAGUAUAAUUGAUUGAGCGAAAGUCGCAAACAGAUUUAGUAUUUAAAAUUUACAAAAAGAGUAUAAAAUAAAAGAUGAUAAAACAUUAAAUAUAUGUAUUGCAUAUGUAC